GCCCCGCCCCGCCCCGCCCGCCGGCCCUGGCCCGGUCUCGCCUCGCCCGGGUUCGCCGCGCCACCACCGCCAGCAGCCGCAGCCGCGGAGGCAGCGGCGCGCCCCGCCACCAUGAAGGUGACCGUGGACUUCGAGGAGUGCCUGAAGGACUCGCCGCGCUUCAGGGCAGCUUUGGAAGAGGUAGAAGGAGAUGUGACAGAGCUGGAACUGAAACUUGACAAGCUGGUGAAGCUUUGUAUUGCAAUGAUUGACACUGGGAAAGCAUUUUGUACAGCCAACAAGCAGUUCAUGAAUGGAAUUCGAGACCUUGCACAAUAUUCCUGCAAAGAUGCAUUGGUUGAGACCAGUUUGAUGAAGUUCUCUGACACCUUACAGGAAAUGAUCAAUUAUCAUAAUAUUCUGUUUGACCAAAUCCAAAGAUCAAUUAAAACACAGCUUCAGACUUUCGUUAAAGAAGAUAUUAGGAAAUUUAAAGAUGCAAAGAAACAGUUUGAAAAAGUGAGUGAAGAAAAGGAGAAUGCUCUGGUGAAAAAUGCCCAAGUUCAAAGAAAUAAGCAACACGAGGUGGAGGAAGCAACCAAUAUUUUGACUGCAACUCGGAAGUGUUUUCGACACAUAGCUCUGGAUUAUGUUCUUCAGAUCAAUGUUCUUCAAUCUAAAAGGAGAGCAGAAAUCUUAAAAUCGAUGUUAUCAUUUAUGUAUGCACAUCUGGCUUUUUUCCAUCAAGGCUAUGAUCUGUUUAGUGAACUUGAGCCCUACAUGAAAGAUCUUGGUGCACAGCUGGAUCAGUUGGCUGUAGAUGCUGCGAAGGAGAAGAGAGAUAUGGAGCAAAAGCACUCCACUAUUCAGCAAAAGGCUGCUUUACAGGAUUAUUCCAGUGAUGAUACUAAACUAGAAUACAAUGUAGAUGCAGCCAAUGGCAUUGUUAUGGAAGGUUAUUUAUUCAAGCGAGCCAGCAAUGCCUUCAAGACUUGGAACAGGAAAAAGCCAGAUCACAUCAGGCGCUGGUUCUCAAUACAAAAUAACCAACUUGUGUACCAGAAGAAGUUUAAGGAUAAUCCCACAGUAGUUGUUGAAGACUUGCGGCUCUGCACAGUUAAGCACUGUGAAGACAUAGAAAGACGUUUCUGUUUUGAGGUGGUUUCUCCAACAAAGAGCUGCAUGCUUCAGGCUGACUCGGAAAAGCUGCGGCAGGCGUGGAUUAAGGCUGUUCAGACCAGUAUUGCCACAGCAUAUAGAGAAAAAGGGGAUGAAUCUGAGAAACAGGAAAAGAAAUCAUCCCCUUCCACUGGGAGCCUAGAAUCUGGGAGUGAGACAAAAGAGAAGUUGUUGAAAGGAGAGAGUGCUCUGCAGCGAGUGCAGUGCAUUGCUGGUAAUGCUGCCUGCUGUGACUGUGGUUUGGCAGAUCCUCGCUGGGCCAGUAUCAACCUGGGAAUCACACUGUGCAUCGAGUGCUCUGGGAUACACAGGAGCUUGGGAGUCCACUUUUCAAAAGUAAGAUCUUUAACGUUGGAUUCAUGGGAGCCUGAACUCCUAAAGCUUAUGUGUGAAUUGGGAAAUGAUGUUAUAAAUAGAAUAUAUGAAGCGAAGUUGGAAAAAGUGGGAGUAAAGAAGCCACAAUCUGGAAGUCAAAGGCAGGAGAAGGAGGCAUACAUCAGAGCAAAAUAUGUGGAAAGAAAGUUUGUAGAGAAGCAAGCUGCAUCAGUACCUCUGCCUGAGCCUGGAACAAAAGUUUUGCCUCCAAGUCAGGAAGAGAAAAGGCACAGUGGCCCUGAAAAAUCCUUUUUGGAAAGGGAACAAGGUGCAGCAUCCCAAAAAGCGGUUGCUGUAAGUAGCGACGAGGCGAGGCGGGAGUCUCUGUUCUGUCCUGAUGAGCUUGAUUCACUCUUCUCCUACUUUGAUACCUCUUCAAAACUCCGUAGUAUCCGAAGCAGUGACAGUGGGAUCCAGCCGAGCACUGAUGACAGCAGAGAACACCUUGCCUCUACUGUAUCAGCCAACAGUUUGUAUGAACCAGAAGGAGACAAGCAAGAGUCUCCAGUGUUCUGUGACUCCAAGCAGCCUAGUCCAGGAUUGCAGUUGUAUCAAGCUGCCUUUGAGAAAAAUCUUCCUCACAUGGCAGAAGCAUUGGCUCAUGGAGCUGAAGUAAACUGGGUCAACAUGGAAGAAGACAAAGCAACACCACUGAUUCAGGCAGUGCGAGGGGGUUCAUUGGUUACUUGUGAAUUUUUGCUGCAGAAUGGGGCCAAUGUGAACAUCCGAGACAUGAAAGGAAGGGGGCCCCUGCACCAUGCCACACUUCUGGGACACACUGGACAAGUGUGCUUAUUCCUAAAACGAGGAGCAAACCAGCAUGCCACUGAUGAAGAUGGGAAAGAUCCAUUGAGUAUAGCAGUGGAAGCUGCAAAUGCAGAUAUUGUAACACUGUUGCGUUUAGCAAGGAUGAAUGAAGAAAUGCGGGAAUCAGAAGGACUCUACGGGCAGCCAGGAGAUGAAAUUUAUCAGGACAUUUUUCGUGAUUUUUCUCAAAUGGCAUCAAAUAAUCCAGAGAAGUUAAACCGCUUCCAGCAGUCAGAUUCCCAGAAGUCUUAAGUGUCAAGAAGGAAAAGAACCUGAAGCUUGUAGUGCAAGUCUUUUUUUACUUUAACAGAAUGAAUUGUAUGCAUUUUGUUAGAUAGUUUGGAUAAAAUGACCACUCCAAUGUAGCUUUAGAUUGUGGUAGCUGGGGAAGUGUAUGAGUUGGUUUAUGUUCUCCAGUACAUAUACCUCAGCAGCUGAAGAUUUUCAAGCCCCUGAGUCCCUGCUAGCUGAGUGUAAAGCAGCCCCUGUUCCACGGCCAGGCUUGCAGCUGGCGCUCGGGGGUGGCAGAGCGGGGCUGGAGCGCUGCGGGCUCCGGCUGCAGGGCACUCCCAGCAGCUCUGCUGCCCAGGCCAGCACCGUCAUCUGUCCCCCCGUCGCCAUAAAGAAUGUGCCUCUGACAAGAAGGUCUGGGUUGCAUUUUCUGGGACUGUUUGGAAGGGAAUUUGGACAACGAUUUACUGAGUUGUCCUUCCAUUUGUGGGACUGCAGCUCAACAGAUUCUCUUGUUCCUGCAGUGACUCUGGUUAGAGGUAGGCUGUUCUUAGCAGAUGUGGUAACUCCUGCUCUUUUGCAAGCUCUUUCACAGUGGAAGCUCUAGCACCAGGCUGGCCUUUAUGCUAGUGACUGCAGGUCAGUCACAAAGGGAUAUAUCCUGGGGACCAAAUUCCUAAGAGCAGUCUAUUUUCCUUUUUUUUCUUUUCCUCUUAAAUUAAACUCUCAGUGCAGCAAGUAUCCUGCUAAAUGAGCAUGUGGAACCUUUCAUGAAAAAUAAACAAUCCUUUUGGACAUGAUGUGGGGUUUGUUUGUAGUAUUUUGACGUGAAAACUUGAAAUUUGAGACAUGAAAGUAAAUAUUGAGCCAACAAAGUUUGUGUAGAAUAGUUGUACAAAGGCUAUUUCUACUUUUAGCUGUUCUCACUACAAGCCCUAAGCUCAGUAUAAAAGUCUCAUGUCUUGCAGCCGCUCUAAGUUUAGGGCAAUCAAUCCCUUCUAUCAGGAAGCAGUAGCCCUUGUAUAAUUUGCAAUGAUGUGUAUGUUUAUGUGUUGCCUAAACUAAGGUGAGCACAGGAAAAACUAGAAUUUCAGUGCAUAUUUCUCUCAAGUAAUGAAUGAGCACAGUCUCCAACUGUGUUGUGAGUGCAGCAAGACAAUUUGCUUUAUGCAGUAGUGAGCCCCACUCUGCCCUUGUCCAUGUAUAAAUGGUGUCUCUAGAUAUAUGCUUAUAUAUCAGGUUAUUUAUACCUAGAUAAUAAUCCUCUUGAACAUCAAAUCAGCAGAUGCAAUUCUUUAUCCUCUAUUUGUCUGCCCUAUGGAGACAGCUGAAGCAGAGUUUUGAGGUGACAUAGCAUCAAUGUGAGUUUUCAGUAAUCCUAACAGCUGUGGCAUUGUUAACCUGCUGUUUAAGUGUAUUUAGGAAAUGAAUUGGCUUUUCUCCAUGGAAAGAUAAGCAAAACUGGGAUAAAACAAAUUGAAAUCUGCAAACUAUGGUAAAGUUAAACUUUCUGGCAUGUUAAGUUUUAAGAAGGUAUUUCAAACAUUUAUAAUUUUGCAUCAAAUGUGUAAUAGUCUGCAUAUUAUUAUUGCUACAAAAUUAGUAGUGUUGUAGAAGUGUCCAGAAUAAUCUUACAAGACAGUUCUUGCUUUGUAUGUGGUCUGAUUAUGGUAGGAAGAGCAGAUUCUGCCCACUUAAAGUGCACAUUUAGUCUGAAUAAUAAGAAACUUAAGAAUAUCACCUGUAAGCAGUAAUUUUUAGUAAGUUGGUUUUUAAAUAGCUGCCUAUGAAAUGAUAAUAUACUUCCUAAUCAGCAGUAUUUACCAGCAAAUGGGUGUUUUAGUAGAUCUUAGAGAAAGUAAAAUUCCUGGUAUACAGAUGGGACAAUGUAAGAUAUGACUGCAUAAUAUACACCUUAGACAUAGGUUUUUCUAGAUGUUUAUCUUUCCCAGCCUGGCUGGCAGGCAGUGUGAUUUGCUGGGAUGUAAAGCUGCCUAAAGCUUAGUAGUGGCAUAAUUGCUGUCUCAGUCCAGGCUGCUGGAGAACAGGUCUGAGAGACUUAUUUCAAAUCUUCACAGGUGACUUCCUCCCUGGCCACAAAAUCUCUGUGACAAAUUCUGCAGGAUGAUUUCUCUUGACUAAGAAGUUGCUUCCCUGCAGCUCUGCACAUCCAUGUGUUGUGUUCCUGACUCUCAUCUGUCUGGGAAGCCGUGUCGAUCUGUCUGUGCUAAAGGAUGAAUCCCACCUGACUGACAGGCAGUGUGACUUGUCAGGAGCACUGGAGUUUCAAUGGCUUAGGGAGUAGGUGUGUCACUUGUGAUCCUCAGCCUUGUUCCCCUGUCCUUUCGGGUAUGGUAGAAUGGCCAGUAUAAACUGCACUCAGUUAAAGCCUUUUCCAGGUCAGGGGCAAUGGUAACAUGUUGCUUAUCAGCAGAAAUGAAUGUACCAUUAAGUUGGAUGGCUCAGUCUCACCAGGCUCUGGCAGGCUCCGUGUUCCAGGGCCUCUGUGACUCACAGAUUCAGCCUUCAGUAGUGUGAUAAUCACCACAGCUCUGAAGAUCUGGGUUCCAUAUUGAGUUUUGACUCAUGCUGAUAUUCUGCUCAUCAAUAUUAGGAAACUUCGAUCUCUGUUACAAAGGUAGUCUAAGUGGAAUAGUAGACAGUAAGGUUCCAUGUGGGUUAACAUCUUGUGCUUUGUACCAGGCAAUGGGAAGGUUGAAUUCCAGUUCACGUUUCUCUUUAGGUGUGAAAUAUAGUAGUGAGGGACAAAGCAGAAGAUUCCUAACACAUUUUAAAACCAUCUUUCACAUGUAUUUUUAGUAAUUUUCUAUAUUAGAUAGCCCAUUGAAGGAUAGUAUGAUAUCUUUCCUAUUUAUAGAUCAUGUGUUCCAAAAGUUUCUUGGAACUCAACUUACAUUCUAAUGCAUCUUGAUUUCAGAGGUGUAAUGUGGGUCCACUGCACGUUGGUUAAAACAGUGUCUGUGGUGGCUCUUUAGUGGUAUCAAUUGUUUUGACUGUUCAUAAGAUUUCAUGUUUUAUGUUAGUGUCACUACAGUGCAUAUAAACUUAAAUUUCUGAAUUACCAUAUUGAAUUAUGCCACUACCUGUGUUAGACAGUUGGAAUUUGAUCACAUGAAUUUGGGUGAAGGUGAAUUUGGAUUGUAGAGGUAUUUCUUUGCUUUCACAAACAGCCCACAUUGCAAUCGGAUGGAUAUGUGUUCCAGGUGCUCAUUAGUACAUUGUGGACUUGAGCCUCUCUGCCCAUUAGGAUCUCAUCCAGGAAGUCACUGCUAUCAGUGGCAGUCUUUCAAUGAUUUUGGAGAUUUUGGAUUGUACCAUUCGUGGCUUUUAAUGUUACAGUGCUAAAGGAUCCUGUAUUAAUACUGCAUUUUUCACUCUGUGGGGUUUUAUAUUUUACCUGUUUGUAUACUGAGCUGAAAUAGUUUUAGAAAAUGCAACCAGACCUUCCAACUGCUGUCAGCAAAUCCCUGUACAAGAGGAAAUUUCUCCUGUUUUGCAUUAUGACAUCAGUACACAUGUGUUGUCUGAAUUACUAGGUCUCCUGGAUAGAGCAUAAACUUUGUAGCACUAAACUAAAAAGGUGAGAACUAGAACUAGCGGAGGGUUGGUGUCAUGUUUCCAGGACUUCGGUGCUUCUCUGCAGCCAUCUGUUUUAAAUUGUGAAUGUUACCUCUGCUGCUUCAUCUUGAGAAUCUCAAAUAACACAGUGACUAUGAAACGACCCUUUGAUGAAACUGCAAAUAAUAUGUAAGUACAAAGGACAUGAUAUUUUUACAGUAUCAAAAGGACUUAGCUGAUUAUUCUGAUUCUUCAAUACACAAAGUAUUUUGAGAAUCAAUUUUUCAGGCUACAAUCUCUGCCCCAUUCAUUAUGGACACUUUUUCCCAAGUUGGAGUUUGUAGCUUGUGCAUCCUGACAGCCAACAUGCCUUGCUCCUGUGCUUACACAAAGGCACGGUUUUAAAACAGGGACAACUCUGGAGAGGCACUACUGGGGAAAAGGAUGAGUGUACCACUUUGGUAUAUACCCUUUCAUGUGCUCGCUUUAUCUUUCUGCAUACAGUAUUUUCUUGUUUCUCUUCCCAUGGAAGGAGAUGACAGAGGAGGAAAAAUUCCACUCACUUUUCUGUUAGGAGCCUAAGUUUUCCACGUUUUGACAGAAAUCGCCAUUAAAUCAUCGUUUCCUCAAGCAGAGACGUUACUUUCUCCGAAGUAAUGAACUUUUUUUUUCCCUCCACGCGUUCCUCUGUACUCGGUGUUUUUUAAGCAUUCCAGCAGUAAAAUGUAAAAAAAACCCUUCCCCCCCUUUAGCUGUAAUUGUACAGACUGUAUACUCCGCCCUCCUUCGCGUUAUGUACGGCUGUAGACUUUGUAUCUCAAACGUG